GCCCUCCCCCUAUUCUUCCGGGUUUUUUUUUCUUUCUCUCAGCUACUUUCUCUGUGCAGUCCGCCGCCCUUGCAGACUCGCAGUCGCAGAAGCUAUCCCGCUCCUCCCCCGCCUCCGCGAAACCCUCGAGAGGCUCCGCGCGUGAGCAACCCGCGGCAGCAGAAGCCAUGGACUCGGCGUCGCUCCUGGAAGUGUUUCGCCGCGACCGCCGCCGCCUCCUGGGCUUCCUCCUUUCCGCCGGCGGCGGCCAUGGCCGCGCAGUAGACCUCUCCCGCGUCGAUCUCGACGCCGUCAGCACCGACUACGCCCUCGACUGCGUCGCCUCCGGUGCGCAGUUUGAUGCCUCAGAGGCCACCAGGAGGUACUUUGACGACAGGAGGUACCCGAUCAUGAUGGGCUCGCCAUCAAGGAACUCAUAUUUUCUUCUUUCAAGGCCAGAAGUCUCUGGUUCCCCUCCAAAGAAAGUAGCACCAGAUGUUCGACCCCAACCAGCUGCAAAAGAGAACUCAAGUAAACCAACAAAACCUAGCGAUUCUUUUAGAGUGGCGGUUAACAUUCCAGAAGCAUCCUAUGGUACGAAGGAUGCUAGUUUCGCAGAUAUGUGUCCUGAGCAAGUAAAGAAAAUGGAUAUUCUUUCUCUAGGUUUACCUAGAUUAAGCACAGAACUGUCUGAUGAUGAUCUAAGAGAAACAGCUUAUGAGGUCCUUAUUGCUUCUCUAUUUAUCAGUGGAAAAGUGUACUUCGAAGAGAAGAGAGAAAAGAAGCCUAAAUUCUUGAAGGGUCUAAGGUCAAAGACUGACGGAUCUAAUUCAUCACCCCAGAUGGAAAACUAUUACACCCACCAUCUUGAUUUGAUCCGAGUACAAAUGGAGGUAUCAGAAUCUAUGGAUACAUUGUCUAAGAGAGCUUUAAGACAGAGUAGUUUGAAGAUGGUGCAAGGACAACUUGAUGUGCCUUCCAUAUCAUUACAACUCUUAAGUUCUGUUGGCAAAUUUGAUUUCCCAACAGAAAGAUUGCGUGUACAAUGGCAGCGAAGACAGGCAAAUGUUCUAGAAGAGUUACUUAUCUUCUCAGCAUCUCGAGAGUACAGUAUGAGUGAAACAUUGCUGAUAGUUCUUGCUAAGCUAAAAGAUACAGAGGACUGGGUUGUAAGUGUUCCUGAUGGGCGUAUUGAGGUCUUGACUAUCAUUGAAAGAUUCAACACAAAACUAUCUGCAGCUCCAAAGAAGUUCGGCCUAAAAGACGAGACCUACCAUUGGACUCAGAGCUAUCAUUUUAAUUCUAGGCUAUAUGAGAAACUUCUUUGCAGUGUGUUUGAUAUUCUUGAAGAUGGACAACUUGUAGAGGAGGCUGAUGAAAUACUGGAAACAGUGAAGCUGACCUGGCCAAUAUUGGGCAUUACACAGCAGUUGCAUGACAUCCUUUAUGCUUGGGUGCUUUUCCAGAAGUUUAUUCAAACUGGGGAAAAUCUUCUACUAAAACAGAUAGGCCUUCAGAUACAGAAACUUCAAUUACAUAGCGAUGUUAAAGAAGUAGAGCUGUAUAUAAACAGCUUUAUUUGUUCUGUCGAAGGAUGUGGCAGCAACAGGUCUCUAAAUUUGGUCGACUGUGCCCUUCUUAAAAUAAACAUGUGGUGCCGCAGACAACUGGAGAAUUAUCACUUGUACUUCAGUCAGGCUAACUGUUCAAUCUUCAAGAGCAUGCUGAACUUGGUAUUACUUUCAGCAGCAAACCUCACUGAUGGUGAAGAAGAGAGCAUGCUCAUUGAGAUCCCGCUUAGCAGUACACCAGAAUCCACAUUGAUCCAUAUACUUGUUGUCAGAUCCAUUCAAGCUGCAUACAAGCAUGCCCUAAGUUCAGCAGAUGGCCAAUCAAAAGAAGACUUUAAGCAUCCAUUGAUUUUGCUUGCAAGUGAGCUAAAGCUGUUAGUGGAGAAAGAGUGCGCUGCAUUCAGCCCAAUACUUAACAAAUAUUAUCCUGAAGCUGGAAGAGUAGCGCUAACUGUAUUUCACCUACUGUAUGGCCAACAACUGGAGCUGUUCUUGGAAAGGGCAGAUCAUUCGGAAAGAUUUAAAGAGAUCCUGGGAGCAUCGAACAAUUUUGAGCUCUGUAUAGCUCAGAAGCUUUACUCGAUGUACGGAGAAGCUGUUGGGUCUUCAUUGUCCAACUUUCUAAAACCAUACAUGAUAGAUCGGUUUUCUUCACCCGUCAUUCUUCAAUGGCUGCAUGCUCAACAUGAGAAUGUUUUGGAGUGGACAAAACGUACUAUUGAGAUUGAGGAUUGGGAGCCUCUGUCAUCUCAUCAGAAACAAGCAACAUCUAUGGUUGAAGUCUUCCGGAUUGUAGAGGAGACCAUUGAUCAGUUUUUUAACUCAAGUCUACCUUUGGAUACUGUCCACUUGCGAAGUCUACUUAUAGGAAUCACUAGCAGCCUUCGAGUCUAUUUGCUUCACAUCGAAAGCCAACAAGUUCCUAGAGCUACCCUGCUUCCUACUGCGCCAGUCUUGACACGUUAUGCGGAAUCAAUUAAUCCAUUUGCAAGAAGGAAACUUAUUGAGCCUACAAUUUGUGAAGAAAAGGUGUCCAAUCAAUUGAAAAAAUUGACCGUGGCAAAAUUAUGUGUGAAACUCAACACCCUCCAGUACAUUAGGGAUCAACUUGAUAGCAUAGAAGAGGGCAUCAAACAAUCCUGGGUCCAUGUCCAGUCAGCUAUGGGGCUGUUAGACUACUUGUCUUAUAUGACUAGUGAAGGAGUUACUUCAAAAAAAUUGAAGCCAUCGGAUGAAUUGAUUGAUGAAUUAUUUACAAUAUUCGAUGAUGUGCGAAGGACUGCAGUGAAUACAACUGACACAAUCUUGAACUUCAUUGGAACAAGGGCUGUGUUCUGCGAUAUGAGGGAGUCGCUUCUUUUCUCCUUGUACCGUACUAGCGUUGCAGGUGCACGCAUGGAGAUUUUUAUCCCUACAAUUGAUCAGGUUCUUGAUCAGGUAUGUGAUCUAAUAGUUGAUGUGUUAAGAGACCAAGUUGUGCUGAAAGUUUUUCAAGCUUGCAUGGAUUCAUUUGGGUCGUACUGGAUGGAGGUCCAUCCCGCGCAUUUUUGGAGACAGAUGUGGACUUGAUGAAAGAUGAUCUGGCUAUGCUCAAGGAUCUCUUUAUAGCAGAAGGCCAAGGUUUACCAUCAGAUGUAAUUGAAAAGGAGGCUAAGCUAGCUCAGCAGAUCUUAGACCUCUAUGUGCUAAAGGCUGAUACUAUUAUUGAUUUGCUGAUGAAAGCAAGUGAACAUAUGUCCCACCAUCUUGAACCUCCAACUGCUCGAAGAAUAGAUGUACAUGAUGUCCACACCCUUCUUCGAGUUUUGUGCCAUAAAAAGGAUAGUGCUGCCUCUACAUUUUUGAAAAUCCAAUACCAUCUUCCUAGGUCUUCAGAUUAUGACGAUGUUCCUGUGAAGGAUGUGUCCUCUAGAGUACCUAUAUUAUUUUCAGACAUGCUGAAUAGAAGUACUUCAUUCAAUUGGUCGGAAACUGGACAGCAGAGUUUUAGGAUUAUGAAGAAGAAACUGCAAGAAGCUAAUUGGCAGUGAAACACGUCUUUGUUAGACAAAUCUGCUGAGUUUGUACAUAUCCUCUGCAGUAAGGAACAGAUCUCCUGGUUCCAAUGGAGACAAAGCAAAUUACUAUGCUUACACAGCUGCAAAGGAUGGGAGUAUAUGCUACUACCUCAUUUGAUGUCACCUGACAUUAAGCAACAUAUGAAGAUGCGAAGAAGCUUUAAUCGGUGACUUGAGGAGUAGGCAGAACUGGACUUCUACCUGAGAUCAACAUGAUCCAGCUAAAGAGAUGAAAAUUUGCCCUGGCAAGGAAAGAAGCAUUGCAGGAUAUAUUUUUCUAAUAGUAGUGUUAUGUCUUGGUCUUUCCAAAAAUCCAGCUACCACCUGCCAGAGCAUAAUUCUGCCACCUGUGCACAACUGAAACUCUGCUCAGAUAUAUGCACAUACCUUUGGUAUCACAGGUUCUAUACGUUCUCCGAAGGAAUCCGGCAGCACUUCAUGGGGAGCGACAACCGGCUCCGUUCAUGUGAACAUGAUUGGAAUUUGGAAAAAGAAGGGGUGGCGAUUUGACACCAAUCUUCUAAAUAUUGUAUAUCACCUUGAAAGUGGUGGAUUCGUACAGAUCAGCCAGUAUAGCCCCGUACAUAGUCCUAGUUGAGAAGGAAUUUCUUAACAAAAAGUAUCAAAAAGAAAUAUCUACAUCAAAAUUUGAAAUCAAUUAGUGUUUCCCGAACGAUGCACAUAUACACUUUUGUUAUGUAGGUACAAUAGGAGAUGUGCCGCUAAACUAAAAGGUUGGGACUUGUUGAAUGGCUCAAUUAGCGUUUCCAUUUCUUUCUUACACAAAACUGUACUCCAUCCGAUCUAUGACAAAUGUCGGCGAUUUAGUAUGAAGUUAGUAUAAUUUUGUACUAAAUUCCUAACACUUAUUACGGAUCAGAGAGCGCAGGUAACUUGGAAUUAUAUACUUGUUGUACACCAUGUGUUGCCAGAGCAAAAAAACUGAACAUUUUUCCC